AUGAAAGCUAUAUACGAACCCCAACGUGUCGAUGGAUUUUUAAAAUUUUGUUACUCAACCAGAGUUUGACUUAUUUUCGGUAAGGUUGACCAAAGACAUUAUUUAAAUAUCACGAAAGCAUGUCAAGAAAUGUUUAAUAAGCCUCAUAUCAUUCUUUGUCACUCUUAUGUCUAACUAGAUUUACUUUUUUAUCUGCUAUUUACUCUGUAAAGACAAAUUAUAAAAUGCAAGAUGCAGUAAAUGAAUCAGAUAAAGCUUAUACUGGUGAGGUUAGUGUUGAAACUUCAUUGUCUGAAUUAAAAAAUAGGUUCCAAGAAUAUAGUGAAGAAGUCAACUAUACCGUUAACGACACGCAGGAUUCUAAUCAUGACAUCGUUAUUGAACAGGAGAUUGUUAAAGUAACAGACAACAAUUGUCCGCAAGAACAUAGAGAAACAGUGUUAGGAGAACCAAAUAUUAAAGCUGUACAUAAUGAAGAGGAAAAGAAGGAGGAUUUUGAACAAGAAGAAAAAGAAAAAACUGUUGUCAUUGAAGACUUUCAAGCAGUCAACAAUGAAAAGGCUGAAAGUGAGAAGUAUGAGAAACUGUGUUAUGAAUGGACUGCGCCCAAGCUGAUCUGUAAAGCUAGCAAUGAGUUCAAGCCAUCAGAUAUCUGUGAAAGUUUUGCAAAAGGCUGUCACUGGUCUCCAGAUGGCACAUGCAUACUUGUACCUACAGAGGACUUCAAAGUUAAAAUAUUUGAUGUUCCCAGAGACUUGUAUGGUGGAGUACUCCCUGAAGACUUCCAAAUGCUUAACUUGGAGUCUUCUUUAAAAAUAAAAGAAGGUGGUACGGUGUAUGACACUUGUUGGUUUCCUUACAUGAGUUCAUGGGAUUCCUCAACUUGCUGCUUCCUAUCUACUAGUCAGGGGAGCCCUGUCCAUUUAUGGGAUGCCCUCACUGGACAACUAAGAGCGACUUAUAGAGCUUAUAAUUUAGUGGAUGAAGUUGAAGCUGCCAUCAGUGUUUAUUUUGCCAAUUUUGGUGGACAGAUCUGGAGUGGAUUUAAAAACGCUCUACGAGUAUUUGACACAAACCAGCCUGGUCGUCAAAUAAGUAAUAUUUUCUUGAAAAAAGAUUUUCCAAAUGUCUCAGGAUUAGUUUCCUGCAUAAGAGAAAAUCCAGAAAUGCCGGGAUUAAUGGCUUUUGGAACCUAUUCCAAGUGUAUAGGUUUAUAUAAGGAUGGGCCCAUUUGUACAUUCCAAGCCGGAAGUGGCGUCACUCAAGUUGAAUUUAGUCAGUGUGGGACUAAACUGUACUCAACUGUCCGACGGAACGGUGAACUGUUAUGCUGGGAUCUGCGCAAUCCCGGUGCGGUUUUACAUUGCUUAGGAGAUCGCCAGUCUGACACUAACCAGAGAAUAUGGUUUGACCUAGCAUUUAAUGGAGAGGAAAUAGUUUCAGGUGGAACAGAUGGGUUAGUGAGAUUAUGGAAAAUCACGAGUGACCAGCCAAUAGAUGAAGAUAUAUGUCCAACUUACAAAAUUAAAAUAUCUAAGGACUGUGUCAAUGGAGUAAGUCUUCAUAAAAAUCUUCCUUUACUGGCUACAUCUACUGGUGAAAGAAAAUUUGACGACGAAGGGAGCAUCAUUCGAGAUAAUAGUCUUUGUUUUUAUUGGUUGAAUAGAUGAUUGAAAAAACUGCAAUUUGUAU